AUUGUGCCUGUAAUAGGGUUUGUUACCACUCCACCUGCGUCAACAAACAAGCACUACCGAAAGCGUGUGCAAGCAGAAGCCACCACAGUUGAUGGUGGAACACAGACUGCUGGUGCUUCUGGUGGAGGUGGCGGCGGCGGCGGUGGUGGUGGUGGCGGUACAGGUGGUGCUCGAACAACAGUCAGUGCCAGCAAUAUGUAUGCCGCCCGCCAAUCCGUAAGCACCUCAACGGGGGUUCUUAUGGUCGGACCAAAUUUUCGUGUUGGUAAAAAAAUUGGCUGUGGUAAUUUUGGCGAACUGCGAUUAGGCAAAAAUCUCUAUAACAAUGAACACGUAGCAAUAAAAAUGGAGCCAAUGAAAUCAAAGGCUCCUCAACUACACUUAGAGUAUAGGUUUUAUAAACUAUUAGGAUCACAUGCAGAAGGCGUACCUGAAGUAUAUUACUUCGGGCCUUGCGGCAAGUACAAUGCUCUUGUUAUGGAAUUGCUCGGUCCAUCACUUGAAGAUUUGUUUGAUAUUUGCGGCAGACGUUUCUCUUUGAAGACAGUACUACUGAUAGCUAUACAAUUACUCCACCGGAUCGAAUAUGUUCAUAGUCGGCACUUAAUUUAUAGAGAUGUUAAACCGGAAAAUUUCCUCAUCGGUAGAACAUCAACGAGGCGAGAAAAAAUUAUACACAUUAUAGAUUUCGGUUUGGCCAAAGAAUAUAUUGAUUUAGAUACAAAUAGACACAUACCAUAUCGGGAACAUAAAUCCUUAACCGGCACCGCACGUUACAUGUCGAUAAACACACAUAUGGGCAGAGAGCAAUCGAGGCGUGAUGAUUUAGAAGCAUUAGGUCAUAUGUUCAUGUAUUUCUUAAGAGGUUCACUGCCGUGGCAAGGUCUUAAGGCCGACACACUUAAAGAACGUUAUCAAAAAAUUGGUGACACUAAACGGGCAACACCUAUUGAGGUGCUUUGCGAUAGCCAUCCUGAGGAAUUUUCUACGUAUUUACGUUAUGUGAGGCGAUUAGACUUUUUCGAAACGCCCGAUUAUGAUUUUUUGCGAAGACUGUUUCAAGACUUGUUCGAUCGUAAAGGCUAUGUGGAUGAUGGUGAAUUUGACUGGACAGGGAAAGCAAUGUCCACGCCGGUCGGGUCUUUGCAAACUGGCCAUGAGGUUAUUAUCUCACCAAAUAAAGAUCGUCAUAAUGUUACAGCCAAGACAAACGCCAAAGGAGGUGUUGCUGCGUGGCCUGAUGUACCAAAACCAGGCGCUACACUGGGCAAUUUAACGCCAGCCGAUAGGCAUGGCUCAGUACAGGUUGUGAGUUCGACAAAUGGUGAACUAAAUGCGGACGAUCCCACUGCUGGUCAUUCAAAUACUCCCAUAACACAGCAACCAGAGGUUGAACUUGUGGACGAAACAAAAUGUUGUUGUUUCUUUAAACGAAAGAAGAAGAAAUCAUCCCGUCAAAAAUGACUAGAUGGUGUCCAAUGUAGUCCAGAACGCGAAGCAGUUACUCUGUUGCGCGCCACUUCACAUUCAAAUUCACGGGAUAGCGUUUUAAAUAAUCCUAGUCAGGAUUAUAUACAACAAGCAACGUCGCAGCAUACGUUGCGUUAUCCUCCAUCCGCGUCUAUGUUGACGCCCACACCAACUACAAAUACACCGACACUUCCGUUGUAAUUUAUGUUAAACAAAAAACAAAAAAAAAAUUUAUAAAGCAGAAAAAAAACAGAAUAACAAAAAAAAAAAAAAAUAAGAACUACUAUAGUUAUUAUCAUACUAAGUUUAAUUAAAAUUUAAUUUUUAUUGUAAUUUUAUUUUUUUAUCAUUAUAUAAUCUUUUUUUUUGCGUUCUCUUAUAAAUUAUGCAAAGGAAAAAAUCACAUGAUAAAUACAUGAUGAUCAUGUUGAUUAUGUAGGCACUGAUCAAAUAUUUGCAGACUUUAAAUUCAUUACUUCUUCAACGAUAACAGCAAAAAUAUCCAAUGAGUGUAGGAAAAGUUGUAGAGAAAAGUAAAGACCACAAAAUAUUAGGGAAUUAACCUAAGAAGGACAGCUUACAAAGUUUAAAUGCGAUGUUAAUUUAGAUCGCAUCAAAUCUUAUGGUUUUUAGUCCCGUUCACUAUAUAUGAGAUUUCAUUCCGUUGCAACGUUCCCCCAUAAAAGAAUUAUAUUUUCUUGUAUAGGAAAAACCUUUGAACCGAUGUAAUCACUUAGAUACGUUUCGUGAUCACUUUUUAAUUCCUUAAAAUGA